AUGCAGACUAAACACUUCUUCUCCGAUCCCAUAGAGAUCGUCAACUCCGCCCUCGCAUCCCUAACCCUCACAAACCCCUCCCUCGCAUUCGAUCGUCCCAACAAGAUCAUAUAUCGCCGCCCUACCCCAGAAUCCGCUACAACCCCCAAAGUCUCCAUCGUCUCUGGCGGCGGUUCGGGCCAUGAACCUGCCUUUGCUGGCUUCGUGGGUAAGGGCCUCCUGACCGCAGCCGUGGCUGGUACUAUAUUCGCUUCUCCUUCUGCUGAGCAAGUCAGGACUGCCGUUAUGGAGCGCAUUGAAACAUCCAAGGGUGUCUUCGUGAUUGCCGUGAACUAUACCGGUGACGUCAUGAAUUUUGGGAUGGCGACGGAGAAGGCGAAAGCCGCGGGCAUCAAGGCUGAGUUCUUUGCCAUUGGUGACGAUGUCGGAGUUGGGAGAACAAAAGGCGGCAGGGUUGGCAGGAGAGGUAUUGGCGGUAGUAUUCUGGUGUUGAAGAUUGCUGGUGCCCUUGCAGAGUCCGGUUCGUCUUUGGACGAUGUAUAUCGAAUCUCGCAGCUAGCUGCAGCGAACAUUGUCUCCCUCGGGGCUUCUCUCGAACAUGUCCAUGUUCCUGGACGAGGAAUCCCAGACACCAAUUCCGACGAAAUGAUACCCCAUGAUGAAAUUGAAGUAGGAAUGGGAAUCCACAAUGAACCAGGCUCUGACCGAAUCAAAGCUACCGGAGAGGAGCUGAUCAAGCGCAUGCUUGUCCAGCUACUGGAUCAAAAUGAUAAGGAUCGUGCAUUCCUGAAAUACUCCGCAUCGGACGAAUUCGUCCUGCUCAUCAACAACCUUGGGGCUGUAAGCACCCUCGAGUUAUCCGCGGUGACGUCUGAGGUCACUGCUCAGCUGGCGCGAGAUUACUGCAUCAAACCUGUCCGCAUAAUCCAGGGGGCCUUCCUGACCAGUCUCAAUGGAGUUGGGUUCAGCAUCUCACUCCUUAGACUCGUUGACACCGGCCUUGGGCCUGGGAAAUCGCUCCUCGACCUUCUGGAUUCCCCCUCUGAAGCCGUUGGCUGGUCAGCCCCUGUGGCAACUUCGACCUGGGAAAACCGAUCAGAGGCUACAUAUGACACCAAGAAAGCUGUCGUAGCGGAAGAAACCCCGUCCAACCUCCAACUUGAUCCCACCAUCCUCAAAAAAGUCCUAACAUCUGGUCUUAACCGCGUAAUCGACGCCGAACCACUCAUAACGAAAUACGACACCAUCGUCGGCGAUGGCGACUGCGGCAUCGGUCUCAAGCGUGGCGCCCAGGCCAUCCUCUCCUACCUUGAUGCGCCUCCCACCCCUCUCACAUACGACCUCGUCACCUCCCUCCACAAAAUCAUCACCAUCGUCGAAAACACCAUGGACGGCACCAGUGGCGCCGUCUACGCCAUCUUCCUCAACGCCCUCGCGCACGGCCUCCGCGAACAGGCCCCAGGAUCAGCUCCUAAGCCCGUUACCCCGAAGGUGUGGUCUGCUGCGCUGCAUCAUUCACUGCGCGCGCUGGGGAAGUACACCCCAGCGCAGGUUGGUGAUAGGACGCUGAUCGACGCGCUCGCGCCGUUUAUUACCACACUGGCGGAGUCUGGGGAUCUGGGAGCAGCCGUGAAGGCCGCGGAGGAUGCGACGGAGGCGACGAAGCAUAUGAAAGCAAGUUUGGGGCGGGCUGUGUAUGUGGGUGGUGAGGAGGAGUGGAUUGGCAAGGUGCCGGAUCCAGGGGCAUUUGGCCUGGCGCAGUUCUUGAGGGGUGUUGCGGAUGCGGUGUAAAUGUCGAGUAGCUAUGAUGUGGUGCUUUCAUUUUUCUUCUCUUUUCUUUUUUUUUUCUUUUUUUUUUUUUUAAGUAAAUGUUAACGCUUGAUGAUGAGUGUAUAUUUUGGUGAUAUUUUCAUAUUGGAUUUUUAAAAGUGUAGGUAAAUUAAAUAAAUGAUGCGUUUUGGUGAAUGUUAAGAUAUAACUACGGCCUACUCCUUUCCUGUAUCACUCAUAUAUACGUAUGUACGUCUUUUCUUCGAGCCUAAUGAUCGCGGAAUCUCGUCCUGGCUAUGCGAUAAUUUAAUCGAGCCACCCCUGAAAAUACGAGUGAUACAUGAAAGAAAUUGUUAAUUGGGAGAACAUGUUUAUAUAUACAUAUAUAUUGCAGACGGGAUUUACUACAUAAAGUUCCUCUAUCAACUCUCUUCGGAUCCCUUAUGAUUUCGCUAGAAGAGAGCAUUGAGCAUGAAGUGCAGGGCAUGGUUGAAUUUGAUUUUAGCGCGGA